UUACUCUUUCUUUUCCCCUUCCCUUUAAAAUUCCCCUUUUCCAUUGGAUGACUCAGUCCUUUCUUCUCUCUCCUUCUGCCUCUUCUUCACGUACUUCCCUUUUCCUUCUCUGCUCGUUUUAAUGGCGAAGAUCUCAAAUCCUUCGCACAACAAUUCCAUUUCCACCACUACUGAUCCUCACUCUUCUUCAAUCCAUCACAGCCAGAGGAAGGUACUGAAGCGCACGCGUAAGUCCGCUCCUCGUGAUGCUCCCGCUCAGCGUAGCUCUGUAUACCGCGGAGUCACUAGGCAUAGAUGGACUGGACGGUAUGAGGCGCAUUUGUGGGAUAAGAAUUGCUGGAAUGAAGGACAGAGUAAGAAAGGACGACAAGUGUAUUUAGGAGCGUAUGAUGAUGAAGAAGCAGCCGCUCAUGCUUACGACCUUGCAGCGCUCAAGUACUGGGGAACUGAAACUGUUCUUAACUAUCCACUAUUAACGUACCAAGACGAGCUUAAAGAAAUGGAAGGACAAUCAAGAGAAGAGUAUAUUGGAUAUUUGAGAAGGAAGAGUAGCGGCUUUUCUCGUGGGGUUUCAAAGUACAGAGGUGUAGCAAGGCACCAUCAUAAUGGAAGAUGGGAAGCUCGAAUCGGCAGAGUCUUUGGCAAUAAAUACCUUUACCUUGGAACAUAUGCUACCCAAGAAGAAGCUGCCACAGCUUACGACAAAGCGGCCAUAGAGUACCGUGGCCUUAACGCCAUUACAAAUUUCGAUCUCAGCCGUUACAUCAAAUGCCUCCGUCCUGGGGAACCGGAUAUCCCAAACAAUAAUAACUGUCCAUCAAACCCUAACGCCGGCGAAACUACAUCAGAAUUUGACCCCAAUCCCCUCAUCGGAAUCACCUUUCCGUCCCAAUGUUCCAGCUCCGGCCAAACCGCCACUGCGCCUUUUCCGGGACCUGUCGACGGUGACUCCUCCUCCUCGUCCGCGGCGCUGGAGCUCCUACUCCAUUCCUCAAAAUUCAAAGAUAUAAUAGAAAGAACAACCGUCGCCGAGGCUCCACAGACGCCGCCGGAAUCUGACCGACCACGCCGCUGUAUUCCCGACGACAUUCAAACUUACUUCGAUUGUACUCAAGAUUCCGGCGACAUUGCCGAAGGCGACGACGGCAUUUUUGGGUACCUAAAUUCGUUUUUACCUUCAUCAGUUUUUCAGUGCGAACUCGAUGCUUAAUUAGGCACGGUAAAAAAGAGGAGGAAUUCAACGUCCGACGAGAUCAGUUUGAGGAAAUAACUUAAUUAAAAAUUAUAGAGAAAUUAGUUUUUCAUUUUUGUAAAGCCUUCUUCUUUGAUUCACAAGAACAAGAGAAGGAUACGUUUAUUUUUUCCCCCCCGUAGAAUUCAUCUGCAUGCAACUGUAGAAAUCUUGCCUGCAUUGAGAAUUGGUAUUGGAAUUUUUAGUAGAAAUAAAUUGUGCAUUUUUACAUUACAAUAAAAAGAGCUA